AUGGCCCCACGCGACGCUAACUGGAUCGAUGGCCUGCGCGGCGUCGCUUCCUUCAUGGUCGUAUGCGGCCAUUUGUGUACAGCUUUCGUUCCUUGGUUGCACGCACCGGCACCGGACGCCAAAACCGCGCCCCACCUGUUUCAGUUACCAUUCUUCCGUCUAGCCGUUGGAGGCCGCUCGGCUGUGGCACUCUUUUUCCUCAUAACAGGUUAUGUGAACUCGAUAGGACCAAUUGGGCGAUCGCGGGCUGGAAACACGGAUGCGGCGUUUAAUGGCAUUGCGAGGAGUGCGCUCGCUCGCUCGGGCAGGUUGAUUCUCCCGACGAUGAUUGCAACGGCGUUGACGUGGUUUAUGGCCAACAUCAACGCGUAUCAUAUGACCAAGCAUGUCGAUUCGACGUGGAUUCGGCAGGGCUGGCACCGACAAGAGCCUACUCUUGGAGCUGCACUCGCGUCGUUGCUGAAAGCCGAGGUGAAUACGUGGACAAUCGGGUGGGACGACUAUGACGGAACACAGUGGACGCUGCAUCUGUUCCUGGAGGGCAGCAUGCUGGUGUAUAUGACCAUGUUUGCUACAGUUCUGGUAAAGCCAAAAGCACGAUUUGUCGUCUACGCUGUACUUUACCUGUACUUCUGGCAGCUUGGAGAGGGUCUUGCAGUCGGUGCCCUCAAAGGUCUCAACAUCGUUUUCGGCAUGUUCGUCGCAGAGCUGCACAAUCACUACAAAGACUCUGCAACCUCCGUCCUUCCUGCGCCCAUUCCAGCGAUCAUGAUCAUUGUAGGCAUGUUCAUAGCCGGCUUCCCGCAAGACGCGCCGCAUAACGCGCACUGGUCCGACUCCAUGUCCCGCUUCAUGCAAGCCAUCACUGUCGAGAAAUCCGACAUCCGCCGAUACUGGGACCACAUCGGUGCUUCCACCGUGCUCCUCGGCAUCUUCUUCUCACGCAACGCCCGCCGCGUGCUCACCUCGCCCGUCUUCAAUUUCCUCGGCCGCGUCAGUUUCCCGGUCUACCUGAUGCACAACACUUUCAUAAAGUCAGUCCUGACAUGGAUGGUGUACCUCCCUUCUGCGAUGAAUCCCCCCCGGAACGAGAAGGGCCAGCAGAUGGACCUGCAGCGCGGCUCCACGACACACGUCUUCAUCGCCGUCGUGUGCUUCUUCUACAUCCUCUACCGUUCUGCAGCCCUCUGGGUCACGCACGUCGACCCCUUUUGCGCGAAACUCGUAAACGCCGCAACGGGCUGGGCGUACGGCGAGGCGACGCCCCGCGAGAGCAGGCCUAUCCUCCAGACCGUCGAGCGCAGGCAACACUCGCCACGACACGAGAAAACGAAGCUUGAUUCUCCUGCAUGA